CAGGGCUGUGGGCAGUGAUGAUGUCUGGCCCGGGUGGAGGGUCCAGUUGGUUUUACCUACUCGUACUCGGCGCUUUCCGAGCCAGUGUUGCCGCCGAGGUGUCAAAAUGGAGUAUACCUGUUACGGAGCAGGUCAGGCAGCAUCUGUGGAAAGAGAAGCAAUGCUUUGGGUCGAUGAUACUUAAUUAGAAAACUUCAUGACCUUUCAUCUUCAUGAGCUGGUUUCUAAUUAUACAUUCAGGAAGACUCUUUUCAACAACACAACAAUUUCUUUAUGCUUUCUCAAUGAAAGGAAAGGAUGCGAUUCCUCGCUGACUUUUAAUAUCUCCUGGUACCUCAGGUAUUCACACUGCUACAAUGAAGUUUUCAACAUGCCAGAUGAGCGGAAUAAUGUAUACUUUGAAAGUAACAGAGAAGUCUCUGAAGGAUGGUCUGGAAGCUACGCUCAAAAUUACUUCAUUGUUGAGAACUGCACAGAGCUCUUUAAGCCACAGACCUACAACCCAUCUUUGAUCCCAGUGAGGAAAUUGGAGCCACUGAAAGAGAAUCUAAGAAGCACACAAGAGAGUGACAAAGACAAUACAACAGUAGGAUCAGUUUUGCCUCUAGUCCCUGGGUAUGAGGUUCCUGGCAUAUUCAGAAGUUGGGAAGAUGGACCAUAUUUGUUCAUAAUUAAAAUCCAAGCCUCACAGAAGGAGACAAAGAAUCAAGAAAGCAGUAAAGGCAGCAAAUCCACAGGAAAAGCAACUGCUCCAGUGAUGAAUGAUACUAAGGGGAAGACAAAAACAAAGAGGGAGGCUGCAGCAGUGAAGCAGGAUGGAUUGUCCCUCACAAUGAUUGUUGAAAUGAAAGGACAAUAUCAAUAUAUCUCCCCAGCAGACUGGCCUCUCAUGAUGUUUUUUAUGGUGAUGUGCAUUGUGUACGUGCUGUUUGGAGCUCUGUGGCUUUUUUGGUCUGCCUGCUACUGGAGGGACCUGUUGCGCAUCCAGUUCUGGAUCGGUGCAGUCAUCUUCCUGGGAAUGUUGGAGAAGGCGGUCUUUUACGCAGAGUACCAGAGCAUCCGCUACAAGGGCGAGUCAGUGCAAGGAGCAGCGAUUUUUGCAGAAAUACUCUCUGCGCUGAAGCGUUCCUUGGCUCGCGUUUUGGUCAUCAUAGUCAGUCUUGGAUAUGGAAUUGUGAAGCCUCGUUUGGGAGCUAUGUUGCACAGAGUGAUUGGUGUUGGCAUCCUUUAUUUAAUUUUCUCAACUAUAGAAGGCAACCUUCGAGUUACUGGAGCCCCACUUGUUACCUUGGCUCUCAUAGGGAACAUCAGUCUUUCAGUCAUCGACUCCUGUAUACUCUGGUGGAUCUUUAUCAGCUUGACCCAGACAAUGAAGAUGUUAAAACUGAGAAGGAAUGUUGUGAAGCUGUCCUUGUACAGACAUUUCACAAACACACUUAUCUUUGCUGUCAUAGCAUCAAUAUUUUUCAUCAUUUGGACAACAAAGAAGUUCCGGCUUGCAGACUGUCAAUCAGACUGGAGAGAAAGAUGGAUAGAUGAUGCGUUCUGGCGAUUGCUAUUUUCUGUCAUCCUAUUGGUCAUAAUUAUCUUGUGGAGGCCAUCAGCAAACAACCAAAGGUUUGCCUUCACUCCUCUUGCUGAUGAAGAUUACGAUGAUGAACUCAAGGAGCCAAUGCUCAAUGAAGCUUUUGAGGGAAUGAAGAUGAGAGGUACAAAAGCAGAAUCCAAUGGCACUGCAAAACUGAAUAAAGUGGACGAAGAUCUGAAGUGGGUUGAAGAGAAUGUCCCGUCUUCCAUGGCAGAUGUAGCUCUUCCUGCCCUCCUGGACUCGGAUGAGGAAAUUAUGACUACAAAAUUUGAGAUUUCGAAAAUGGAGUGAAAAUGAAGAUGAGAAAACACCACUCUUGUUUUUGAAGCAAUAGCUAUCCAGAAGAGUAGGUCUUCAAUCUGCACAAAAACACUGGAAUUGUACAGUGUCACACAAGUUCAAUGGGGUUAGGUGGGUGGAAGAGUGUAUCUUAUAUGUUGCUGAAGUGCAAUUCUGAUUUUUGUCUUUAAAACCAAGUAAGUUAUUUUGCUCGUGCUUGCCAUAGGUGUCUGAUUUGGAUGGGCUUAUACUUUUUUUGUUCAGGUAAAUCUAAGAGCUGGUCUAGUACAACUGUUCCUAAUCAAACUGGUCCACAAAGGACAGGCCGAAAUUUACCCUUGCUGCCCUUCCCUCUUCCUUUAUAACUGCAUCCUGCCAAAUGAAGUGGAAAACCUGUCUUUAUAUUUCAGUGCCAAUUUUUCUCUGGCCUGAAACAUGGGGGCAUUGUACUUGUGUUCUGCUGCCACUUGUCAACUACAGCUCAAGUGGGUGGUUUCCUCUGUCCACAAUAUAUGGCAUAGUUCCUUCCCAAAUUUGUGCGCGAUUUCUGGGGAAGGGGUGAGUUUUCUAGACACGACUGUAAGUUUCUGAUUGCUAGCUGUGCUGGCACCUUGAAUGGUUAUUCCAAUCUCAUUGGGAGUGGCAUUAAAAUGAAGUUUUGUAAACCUGGUUUUGGAGGUGUUUAGUAAAAUUAUCAAGGGAGCUUUAUUGUGAUCUUGUUUCAAAUUAAAUAAAUUGUAGGGAUUAAGUUCUACAUCUGUUGAUUUAUAGUGCAUGUGUAGAUCUUCACAGUUAAGGCAGAAAUCAAGCCCUUGUAGUUUGUUCUGUUAGAUCUUCAAGUUGAAUUAUGGGGAUAUACUGUAAUGUUUUUAAUGAGUAUGGCUCCACCUUUCGUAUAGUCAAGGUUGAAGAUAUUAGUGAGAUUGAAGACUAUACUCCAUGUGAUCAAGGCAGUCAACAGCAAGGCACGAGGGCAGAGGUUAAAGGAAGAACUGCUGGAGGAACUCAGCAUGUCCAACAGCAUCUGUGGGAUGGGGAAAAGAGUUGUCGAUGUUUCAGGUAGAGGCUCUGCAUUAGGACUGGGAGUCCUGGGUACAAGGUUAAAAGUAGGAUGUUUCCCUGAUUUUGGGGGUGUGUGGGAGUAGUUCUUUCAGGUGAAAGCAUCUCUCAUCCAUGACCUAAGAGAACACUUUUACAGAGUGUGAUCUCACUGUACUGCAUUUGUUACCCCUUGUAGGAAACUUAUUUUUCAUACAGAUGUUGUCAUCCCUACAUCUAUUUUCCUUAAGUUAAUUUUUUUCACCCUUCAUCUGAAAAGUUGCAGCUUUUCACAAAAGCCUAAACAGAACAACAGCACAGAAGUACCACAGUCACUUUCAAACUUGUUCUCAUCUGACAUUAAGAAUCACCACACUAUGUUCAGCAGUGGAGGGCCUUGGUGGAUCUUCUCCCUUCCCACAAUUUAAUCAAGUCAGGGGUGCUGAGGCAAAAGGCAGCAGCCUCGGUGACUCAACUGAACGUUCUCAAACAUCUGCUAUAAAAUGCCAUAUUUCUGCUGUGUGAUUGAAUCAAAGCCAAUUUGCACAUUCGUCCUGAACUUCCUGUUGCACCAUCUAAUUUAGGCAGGAUUCUUCUCCAGCUCUUUAAUUACUAGUUAGAAAGUUAUUUUUCACAUUUCCUUACAACGUUGGAGGCUGUUUGGCCCAUUUGGUCUAUGCCUUCUCUGCAAGUUUUCAGAUCCGUUCCAUUCCCCCACUUUCCUGUGAUUUGUUCUUUCUCACGUGCCUACUGGCCUGUACAAUCCCUCCAACUCCCAAUUCUCCUGCCUAGUUUUAGGAGUAAUUUGGUGGCCAAUUAUCCUACCAUCCCAAUGUCUUUUUGAUGUGGGAGUGACUAGAAGACCUGAAGGAAAUUGAUGUACUCAUAGGGAGAAUGUACAAGCUCUAUACUGGAGGUCAGAAUCAAACCAGGAUUUCUGAAGCUGUGAGGCAACAUUGCUAACUGCUGCUGCUGUGAGGAUGUCCAGCAUGAUGGUGCGUAGCCAACAUCCAAUUUGACUGUUUUCUUGCAGAUUUUUAUCACAAGUGUUUGUGAAAUGAGAAGAUGCCAUUGCCAAGUUUACUUUGAUUCCUUGAAAUGUUAUUGGAACUUUAUAUUCUCUUGCUGAGCUGCUCCUCUCCCAACUAAAAGCUGUAUCAUAUUUCUUGGUUGCCAAAUCCUCUUGCUGUUCUUAUCCAUUCCAACAUUUAAAGCCUCUGCUUUAUUUGACCUUGAAGAAUAGUGCUGCAGAGGAAAAGACCAUUCAGUCCAUGGAGACUGUGCUGGCUCUUUCAAAGAACAAACUAAUUGGUCACAUUUCCCUGCUUCACUACAUUCCUGGAAUGUUUUCUUUGAUUAUUUGUGCAACUUACUUUUUGAAGAUUAUUAUUGAAAUUGUAUCAUGUAAUGUAUUCCAAAUAUUAACCACUCAUUUUAUAAAAACAAAGAUCUCUUAAGAACAGGUAUAGGCCAUUUGGCCUGUCAUUACUUCUGUGCCAUUUAGUAAGAUCUGCAAUGGAUCCAUGACCACUAAAAUUUGGUUUUGACCAUCCAUAUAACUUUAGAAAGAUAUCUUUAAGAGAACUUAAUCCAAGCAAUCUGAUCAAUUUGGGGUUCCAAGAGAUUACAAGCAGUAACAAAUUGCAAUAAUAUAGUGCCUUUAAUGCAGCAAAAUGUCCUUGGGUAUUACGCAAAAUAAUCAAGGCAAAUUGGACACUGAUCUGCAAUAGCUAUUAAGGCAGAUAACCAAAAGUUCAAACCAGAGGUAGUUUUAAGAAGCAUCUUAAGGAACGUGAGAUUGAUGAGUUUAGUGCCAGUGGGUAGAUGGGAUGGGAUUUCAGAGAUAAGGGUCUUGGCAGCUGAGGGUAUGCACAGUGAAGUGUUUAAGAUCUGGGAUGCUCAAGGCCAGAAUUUGAGCAGAGCAGAUGACUUCAUGGGUUCUGAGUUUGACUUUUAUUCAGUUUGGUGUGUGAAGUCUACUGAACUUUUCAGUUGCAUUGACAGUAAACAUACAAGAAACAGACUUCCUGUGGUAUGUAGUAGAAUGAACUGGAACAAGUAUUAUUUCAAUUGUGAGAAAGACAGCAGUUUCAGCAUCUGUGUCUCUUGCACAGCACAAAAUUGUUAUGUUAGAGAUUGAUUCUAUAUUUUUAAAUCUUUGAGAUUCUGCACUGAUGAGAGGCAGACAAUUUCAAUUCCUCACAUUAUUGUCAAUUACUUUAGGUCCUGCAGAAGUAGCUUAAGUUGGUUUUAUUGCAAUAGAGGUACCCAUAAUAGGUACUGCAGCACUUCCAUUCAAAAUUCCUUCAAGUUCCAUUUUUUUCCCUUUGACUCCGAAACAUCUAGGAGCAAGUUUUUUUUUUUUGCUCAAAUGUUCAAUAUAAAUUUUAGCAGAGAGGUAGGUGAGGCUGCAGAACACACAUCAAUGCAUCACUGGCACUCAAACCAGCAGCAGCCAAUUUCUUAUGUAUUUUUAGUGAUUUUUAUGACUGUUAACACAAAGGAGUGGGUAUCCUUUUCCAUUUUGUGCAUUAGUUUUUUUUAGUGUACCUUGGUGUACUAGAGGCAACUUGUCUACAUGUAUUACUGGGGUCUAUGUGGGUUUUCUGUAUAAUAAUAUUUUCUGUAAGAUAUUCCUAAUUAAUUUUGCAUGAAGUAAAGAAAUGUAACAUACAUUCAACUGAGACCAUGCAAAAUUAUUUCACUUCAGACUCCCAUAGUUUGAUUCCCAUUGCAUCUGUAUCAAAGGAUACAGAAGGUGACUCUUCAACUCAUUUGUAUCAGAUUUCUGAAAGAGCUAUCCAGUUAGUACCAAAGCCUAUCCUUUCCCCAAACCAUGCAAUCUAUAUUUUUUUAAUUUCAGCUCUUGCAUUUGAACCCAUUUUUUGUUUUAGAUACAAUUAGGAAUAGGUCAUCUCAGCAGCUUGGUUAGUUCAUCCAUUCAGUUGGAUCUUGGUUGAUCUGUAUCUCAACUUCAUUUAUCCUUUUUGUUCCAUAGGCAUGAUGUCUUUUCCUAAUAAAGAUCUGUUCUCUAUCUUUAAGAUGUUAAAUGCACAGAGUUCAUGUUGCCACUCUUCUUAGCCAAUCCCUUGGGAUGGAAGAUAAUUUGCUCCACUCUGGUUCUGUGUUGACUGAGGCCAAUGUGGGAACUUCAGACUCUUUCACAAAUGGAACAGGAGUUGUCUGAGGAUGAGUAGAUGGGGAGUUUGUAAGGAGAUGUGUUUCUUCCAUUGACACUGAACUUGAGCUUCUCUGUGCCACCCUAGAUGCCCCUUCUCCACUUUGAGCAACUUGAACCAGGGAUUCCCAGGAGUUGAUGGGAGUGUUGCUUUUUUUUUAAGGUUCUGAACAUUUCCUAGAAUAUUUUCCUCUAUCCAUCUGGGAAUCUCUUCCCAUGACAGUGUCAUUUUCAGCAAUCUUGUAUCAGGUUCUUGAAUGUUGUCCUUUGUCAAAACGUUUCCAUAUUUCACUUUUAGGAUACUGAGCUCCAAUUUUCACUUUUCUGAAUCCAGAGGAAAUGUUUUUCUUGACCCCACUGAGUUUAUAAUUAUCUUGAUUACAAGGUAGAGAUGAGCAGCAAGUAUAAAGGGGAUAACAUCUGAGAAGUCGAUCGAGAUGUACAAACUGGAUUGGGGAAGAAAGAUUUUAACUGCAUUUCUUACAAUAAGGUAAAAUCAAGCUAAAUUUUGUGCCCUUUGAACAGGAAAUAACAUCAGCUUUGGUUCCCUUUAGUAAUCAGAUUGAAAAAUACAUGUUUUGGGUUGUUUGAGGAAAAUUGAGCUCGAUUCCAAUGGUCUUUCUACCAUCUGGAUAUUCACUGAAUAGGUAGGGUUGUACCAGAUAGUGUUGAGACACCUGAUCGGUAAGACUGGGAAUGGUAAAGAUGCAUUUUGCACCUGUAUUUUCUUGAAGCUUGAAGCUAAGGUCUGGUUCUCGAUACUUAGGCUUUAAAUGUUAGAACCUUUGUGAUAACCAAAAGUAAACAAGAAGUGUAUGUUAUCUUGUAUUAUCUUGUACCCUUGGAGAGGGAGGGGGGAGAGAGAAAAACAAGCUUCUGAAAUAAAAUAUUCAGGAGCAAUGUGUUUGUACUGAAUUGUUAACAAUGAGUACAUAACUUUUAAUUGUUUUGAACUAUAAAUAUACACAGAUAUUUUUGUGGGAUGGUGAUAUAGGGAAAUAAUGGGUUGAAAAUUACAUAAUUCUGCAGUUGUGGAUUUAUGACCCCAUGUGUUCUAACCCACCAGUAACAUCCUUCAUUUCUGCUGGGAAACAUUUGAUUCAUGAAAUCUUGCAUAAUGCAAGGACCUUGUUUCUAAUGCAUGAAGGUGGAAUAAUUGUUGAAGCUGUGAAUGCCUUUUUAUUCAUUCAUGGGAUGUAGCCAUCACUGGCAAGGCCAGUGUUUAUUGCCUGUCUAUAAUUGACAUUGAGAUGAUGGUGGUGAGUGACAAUAUAUAAUAAUUGGGAUACAACUGAGUACUUUUUAAAAGCCAUCUCAGCUGACACGUGUGAAUCAGUCAUAUUGCUAAAUGGGUCUGGAGUUCCACAUAGCCUGGACUAGUUAAGAUGGCAGAAGUUGAAAAUAAGACUGGGCCCAUUUAAUUCCGGGCCCAUAAUGAGUUGGUGCCAAAGGAUACAGAGGGACAAAAUUGGCCAAGAUUCCUACUGUCAGUUAACUCCUGAAUUACUGUGGACACCAAAUAAAGGACACAAUGAAAUAUUCACCAGUCUUAGAUCACACUUAACACAACUAAUCUGGGGUACUGGAGGGUGACUGGGGACCAAUAUCCAUGGAAUCCAUACUCAGCAACAAAGCUAUACCUUCUGGAUUGGAGUUAAAAUUAAGAUGAUUCAAACCAUCUUCUACUUCUCCAGCUGCAACUCUUGUAUCUUGCAGCAAAUUGCUCAUUGCUGUGUUCUGUUCAAUCAAAUUGCUGAUCCAUUUUUAAUGUAAAGUUUCAAUUUUGGCUGAAAAUUUUCUUAUUUUGUCACAGAAUUGGACAUCAAGAUUGUGUAAUUGCUGUUGAGUCUAAGCAAAAUGGUGAAAGUGAAUUCUAACUGUAUACAGCUAUAAAAUUGAUGUGUGAUAAGGAAAGGUUAACCACUUACGGGGUGGGAAAUAAGUUUUGAUUGACUUUUGCACCUCUUUCAAACUUCAAAAGUCAUGAUUGAAAUUUAGACUUGACAUCUGAAAUUUUUAUUGGACUUAAGGAAUAAACAAAACAGGACUAAUGGGUCAAAUGAUCUCCUUGUCUGGGAUUAUUCCAUCAAAAUUACUGCAACCACACCAAAGCGUGGAAAAAGUGUUUUUAUUAUUUGAGGACAGGAGGUUAACUUAAUAAUUUGAAAUGGGGCUGGAUGGUUCAAAAUCAUUCUGAUAUAAGCCAUAUUUUAAAAUAAAAAAAGCUGCAAAUGCUGGAAAUCUAAAAUAAAAACACAAAAUGCUGGAAACAAUCAGCAAGUCAGAAUGCAUGUGUGGAAAGAGAAAUGGAGUUGGUAUUUCAGGUAAAAGAUGCUGCCUGACCUUUCCUUUGGUUCCAAAGCUUUUUUAUUUCAGGUAUAAACCAUUGGCCUACAAACCAAAAUUUGAAACUUUGGAAGUCAGUAAGAGAUAUAAAGGUUAGGUUUAAUUGCUUUUCAUCACAAAAC